AUUCCAUAGACACAGUCACAGACAGACACCUCUUGCAAUGGAACAGAUAUCCUCUCCGCUUGCUCCUCCUAGAAACGCAACCAAGACUGCAGCUGGCCCCUCCCCGAGCGAAGGAGCAGGCAGUGUCACCAAAAGACUCGGGAAUGAACUCAUGACUCUAAUGAUGUCUUCCUCACCUGGGAUUUCGGCCUUUCCGAAAACUGAUGCGAAUCUGUUCGAGUGGAUAGGGACGAUUGAGGGUGCUCCUGGCACGGUAUACGCUGGCCUGACGUUCAAAAUAUCCAUUUCGUUCCCUCCUAAUUACCCAUAUGUUGCGCCGUCAAUUCGCUUUGACACCCCGUGCUACCACCCGAAUGUUGAUCUAAAUGGAAACAUCUGCCUGGACAUCCUCCAGGACAAAUGGUCUGCUGUCUACAGCGUACAUACUAUUUUGCUCUCCCUACAAUCUCUUCUGGGCGAACCUAACAACGCAUCACCACUGAACACUGAGGCCGCGAACCUGUGGAGUAAUCAAACUGAGUUCAAAGUGCAGCUUAUGAAGCACUAUCGUCCAGUUGGCUCUGAUUCUGCAUGAUUUCGGGUUUGUCUCUAUACGUCGUUGUUGUAUCUUUGUUUUGUUGGACACCUGUCCCAUGUUUAUGGGCUCAUGUAUAUCACGCAUAUCCUGCAUGACCUCAUGAUAUAUCGCAUUGCAUUUCGCUAUUAAUCUAAUGCUCAUCCG